GCAUCCCAGGCUCAGGAAUGCCGGGCCAGAAAAGCCAAGGGAGGGGCGGAGUGGGGCGCCGUUAAUGAGGGGUCCUAUUUAAAGACUGGGGUCCACGGGAACCUCACUUGCAUCCCGCUCCGCCACACACACUACCUGAUCGCCAGCGCUCAACAAGAUGAAUGUCUCCUGCCCCAUUUUCUGCCUCCUCCUGCUCAGCAUCGGGACCUGCCUGCCUCCGGACGAUGGCCACCACGACUUGGGACGCGCUGCAAGAGAACCGGGGCUUUUUGGUUUCGGGGGGUCACCACAGGGGGACCGACUGCCCCGACAAGACUUGGUCCAAGAGAUGCAGAAAUGUGGCAAGGGUCAAGACGGCAUGCGGUCCAGAAGGGAGAAAGCGGAUGACAACGAAGCCGCCAGUGAAAACGGGGAGAAGCGGGCCGGUGGUCUUGAGGGUCUGGCGGAGGAGCUGCACGGAUACAGCCGGAGGAAGGGGGGCUUCAGCUUCCGCUUUGGGAGGAGGGGGAGACGGACCGGUGUCUGGGGGGGCCGGGAGACCCCCUUCUAUCCAUGGGGCUAAAGGGACCCUCUAGGAAAGCUCUUUGUCCCAAGAUUUCACGUCCUGUGCCCCGCUAGACUCCACUAACCCCAGAGCAUGAAAACUGGGGAAUGUAGGGCCAAACAGUGUACCCAGAUGGUUCGAUACUAUAUAUCUCUAUCUAUAUAAUAAAAGUGAAUGUUUGUAUGUA